AUGAUUGAGGAAAAGGCACCUGCUCAUGUCAGCCAAGAUGUUGCGACUUCUCUGGAGAGUGGACUUCAACCAGAGAUCAGCAAAAUGGAUAAUAUAGCCGUUGAAAAGAAAGAUACGGUUUUGUCCAAGAAAAUGUAUCUCAUCAACAACGCGAUCGAUGAGAUUGGAUUUACUUGGUACCACGUGAAACUGUUCUGCAUCGCAGGAUACGGGUAUUCUGUUGAUUCGCAAAUGGAAAUGAUUCAGUCUUCUGUUCACAAAUAUGUCGCGUAUCAGUUUGGAACUGGAUACCCUAUUGACACUGAGAUUUCUUACGUUGGAUUGAUCGUUGGAUCGAUUUUUUGGGGUUUCGGUGGCGACCUUAUUGGAAGAAAAUUGUGUUUUAACACGUCUUUGCUUCUGACUUCCAUGUUUGGAUUUUUGGCCGGUGGUAUGAGUUCUAUGUCUACCUACUGCAUAUUUGUGGCUCUCGCUAACUUCAGUGCGGGUGGAAAUUUGGCAAUGGAUGUUGCUGUGUUUUUGGAGUAUCUUCCAUUUAAGUACCAGUACCUCAACACUGUGAUGGCAGCAUGGUGGGGAGUCGGUCAGACAACCACAAACCUUUUGGCCUGGGCAUUCCUGCCGAACUUCUCUUGCAGUGGUGCAGAUCAUUGUCCUUCAAGUAUUAACAGAGGAUGGAGAUACACGUGGUAUGUCAAUAGUGCAAUUGUUCUGCUUUCUGGUUUGCUUCGUCUCUUCUGGUUUAAACUUGACGAAACACCUAAAUUUUUGGUCUCUGUUGGAAGGGAUGCCGAAGCGGUCGAAAAUUUGCAGAAACUUGCCAAGAAGUACAAUCGCAAAUGUUCGUUGACAUUGGAGCAGCUUCAAGAAUGUGGAGAGAUUUCAUCUGAAUACUACACGGCCUCCGAAGACGGGUGGGAUCCUAAGAAAAUCGUCUCGAUCGUCACUCACCACCUCAAAAUUCUCUACCAAGAUAAGAUUAACGCAUGGUCCACAAGCUUGGUUUUGCUUUCAUGGCUGUUCAUUGGUAUUUCCUACAGUGUUUUCUACAACUUCCUCUAUAUUUAUAUUGCAUCACAUGGAGGAAAUACGGGAACUUCCACUUAUAUCGUCUACAGAAACUCGUCUAUUGCAAAUUUUGUGGGCAUUUUUGGUCCUAUAUUUGCAGGGUAUAUCAUACUUAUUCCGAAGGUCGGUCGAAGAUAUACCAUGACUUUUGGAGCUCUUGCUACCAUGGCGAUUUUGUUUGGUUACACAACUGUGCGGACACCAGCGGGAGAUGCAGGAUUCAGCUCCGCUACGUACUUCUUCAUCAACAUUUACUAUGGAUGCUUGUAUGCAUACACUCCAGAGGUGCUCCCAGCACAAGCCCGAGGCACGGGUGUGGGACUUGCUUUGGUGGCUGCGAGAGUCUCUGGUGCUUUCUCGCCAGUCACAUAUUGGUAUGGUGAGAAGUCAGGUUCUUCUAUUCCAAUUUGGGUUUGUGGAGGAAUCAUUGGAUCUUUGGGAUUAAUCUCGGCUCUACUUCCAUUUGAGCCAUCGAAUCAACGUUCCGUUUAG